AUGCCUCCUCCAUCAGCCCUCGCUAUUAAAACAUCCUCUGUUAUCCGACUCGUAAAAGAGGAGGCUUCUUAUCAUAAAGAAGCUGCUCAGCAGAAAGCUCAAGUCGAAAAGCUUGAAGCAGAUGGCGCUGACGAAUAUGAGCUGAGGCAACCGAAAAAAGCUCUUGAAGAAACUCUUGUGAUGGCUCCUGCGGUUAGAAAGAGAUUAGCUUCAUCUCUUGAACUUCUUCAAAUGGCUCUUGACGACGCAUCCGAGGCCGAAACCGCCGAAGCAAAGGAGAAGGCCGCUAAAGCUCUCGAGGAUGGAAGGAAGGUUCUUAAGGAAUACGGCGAAUAUGAAUAA